UCACUAAUUCGAGCUUCGUAUCUUCCACUCUAUCCCAUCGUCUGAUUGUAAAUUAGUUUUAGUAGCGCUGAAAAUUUGAUUGAGCUUCAUGUCUCUGUUCGGUGAAUAUCCGUGCACUAAUCAAUCAGUUGCUCCAAUCCACAUUGCGUUCACGACGGCCGCAGUAACUGUUCCUUUAUGUCUGUUUACGGUCGCUGGGAAUGUACUCGUCGUGUUAGCAAUCUUCAUCGAUCCAAACAAAGAUCUCAAAUCACCUUUUAACUACUUUGUGGCCAGCCUUGCCAUUAGCGAUCUUUUGGUGGGAUUCGUCGUCGACCCGACUUCGGUAGUGUAUCAUGUAAUGGAAGGAACUGCGAGAAAAAGACCACCAGCAUCCUACCUUCACGUGCCGUACUUCAUUUCGUGUACAGCUUCUGUUCUCAGUUUGGCAGCUUUAACACUGGAUCGAUAUUUGGCGAUAACGUCUCCGUUAACCUACAGAACAAAGUUAAAUCCGAAGCGAGCAGGUUUUGUGGCGGCUGGCAUCUGGUUAUUCUCACUAAGUUUCCCUUUCAUAUACCUUGUCACGGGUUACCUCACAUAUUCAUUUGUCUUCCUCCACACAGUCGUGAUUGGCACUCUCUUAAUCAUCAUUCUUACUUAUCACAAGAUCCUUCGUGUAUUAAAAAGUCAAAUGGAACAGUGGAAUUCUUUGGAUCAGACGAACGUAGACAAUCAGGCGAAGAGACAGGCAGCAAGAUGGGAACAGAAAGUAACCGAAACCUUUAUUAUCACACUGGCUUUCUUCUUAGCAUGCUAUCUUCCUGCCUGUAUCUGCAUUUACAUUGUUAACUUAUGCAAAGCAUGCAGUUGCACUCUUAUACACUGGGCAAGAGAUAUUCCUUCUCUUUUGAUCACGGCUAAUUCAGGAGUGAACCCGUUUGUGUAUGCCUGGCGGUUUGAAAAUUUCAGGAAAGCGUUCGCAAAACUUCUGGGGAACAGAAAGUGCUGUAGAAAACAAAGACAAAGAACUUUAACAUUUGACAACAUAGCCAUGCAGGGAACAGAAAGUAACUAAGAUUGCAA